AAGAAAGAAUAAUAAUACACGCGCACACACACACAUAUAUACACAGCAGCAGCAGCGUUUACUGCCGAAACUUGGUCUAUGGAGAGAUCUGCUGCAGCGCCGUAGCGACGCAGGCCGACAUGGAAGAGUAUUUGCGGAGGGUCCAGAGCAGAGUCGGGGCAGGUCUAUCAGAAGGUCCAGUCCAUGCUGUUUUAGGUGGACCAGAGCCUGAUGUUGACACUGUGGCCUCAACACUGUGCUUAGCGCUGCACCUCAGCCAGAAGGAACCAUCAGCAGGAUUGUGUGUGCCUGUCCUGAGUGGUAAGCGAUGUGACACCACUUUGCCCGAAGAGACUGUGAGGUAUUUGAGGAAGGUGAAGAUUAGUGAGAACCUGUUGCCAUGGAGGGAGGAUGUAGACCUUGUGAAGCUUCACGGCACCGGAACGCUCUCUCUCACACUGCUGAGAGAAGGACUGCUGGACAGCUCUGAGUACCACACUCUGGAGUCCAGCAUCCUGCAAGUGGUCCAUCAUGCCGGGCGGCGGGAUGCAGGGGUUGAUGGGGCCCUGUCCGUGGUCACGACAGUCGCCAGAGAGAUUCUUCAAGAGGCAGCGGAGCACAUCAGACCAGCGCUGGGGGAGGCUCUCGGAGAGGCCUUGCGACUGCAAAGAGAAGCGCUUUGGAUCAAACACGGCUGUUGGUCAGAGGAACUGGAGGAGCUUGUGAGAUCCUUGGAGCAGUGGUGUGAUGUCACUGUUGAGCAGAAGCAUGAAGUAAAGCAACAAGACUUGUUGCAGCGGCUGACGUCGGAGCCGAAGGAGUUCUCUGAUGGAGAGAUGACGAUAGCUCUCACGGCACUGACCACAGAUGAGGAGGACUGGCAUGGUUACGUGGAAGGGCUGAAAUCGUUCAUUCAUCACCAUGGAUACGACGGUGUCGUAGUUCUCCUGUCCAUCAUACAUAAAGUUCAUUGUCCCCGCCAGCAGGUGGCUGUCUACUCAAACAACUCAGACAUUUUAAAUCAGAUUUGUACCGAGUUGGAAGAGUCUUCCAGUUGGUCUCUCUUUGGGGAACUGGAGGACAAGGAAAGCCUCCAAAUAUACCACAUUCCUUUAAACACCUCUGCAUCCUCUGGUACUCCUCCUCUGCUGGAGGAAGAGAUCGAGGGCCUCCUCAAGGACUUCGUCAACCGGCGCAGCUCCGUGUUAGCCUGCCACCCCAGCAGUAGGACUUCUUCCACAGAGGGAGUUGCGGGAAGUGUGGAGUUCUCCCAGGGAUCCUCCGGCAUCAAUGACAUGGAUGGUUCUGACACAGAGAGAGCUGAGGGAGGCAAUGAAGAUGGUGUGACAAUAGCGAGGAUGAUGGCAGGUGGGGAAGAAGAUACAGGAGCUGUUGGGGUCAGUGCUGGUGGGGAACUAUUAAGCCCUGACAGCGGUAUGACCACCAUACGUAGCAGUCGGUCCUCCAAAGAGAGCUCAGUGUUCCUUAGUGAUGACAGUCCAGUUGGCGAGGGUGUUGCAGGUGGAGCUGCAGCAUCUGGGCCAGGAGGACAUUUCCUGAGAAACCCCUCUCCACUGGGGUUCCUAUCUCUCUCCCCUCCAGUCCCACCUCAGAGGAGGAAGCACCACUCUGGCAGAAAAAGGAGUGAGACCUUUGACCUGUUGGGUUUUGACCCACUUCAUAGCACUGAAAAUCCAACGUCAGCAGGAGGGGAACUGGCAAAUUCUGGAGACGGAGGAGAUGAAGUCUCACAGCAAGCACGAAGCUCUAGCUUCUCAGAACUUGAUGAGUUGAGCUUGUUAGAUUUCUCUGGACCUAAUUCAUUAAGAGGUCUUGAAAGUGGAAAUUCUUCAAUUGAUCACCACGGACAGAUGCAUGGGAAUGAGAUGGUUGAGACUAUGGUUCCUCCAACUCCAGUGAACAGCCUGGUAGGCAGCCGCCCGCCCAGCAGCUGUGGCCUCAGGUUCUUCCCAGAAGAUGUAAUUGAAAGGAUCAACUGCCUACAGUACAAAGACAGUUUGUCUUCAUCAUUGUCAGAGAACUUUGAUGAACUUAAUUUUGACUCACAAGGAGCCUUGUCCUCAAGUGAAAAUAGUGCUUGGAAUAGGCCUCAAGACUCAGAAAGCCCAGAGAAUAUUGUGCAGGACGUUGAGGGCGAAACCUUCAUGACUGAAAUAACAGAAAAGGAGAGGGGGGAGGUCUUAAAGCUAGAGCAUGCCCAUCAUUGUCCAAAGAGUCUUGAACCUCAGCUGAAUUUGAUCGCUGAGCAGACUAAAUUGUGUGAGAACUGGAACCAGGACUCUGUACUUAAGGACAACUGGAACCCUGUUAGUUUGGCUGAUCUUCAGUUGACUCCACCGGAGGAUGAUGUAACUGGCAAAAAUAAAUCUGUUAUCGCUUCAGGAAAUGAAAGAACACCAUCUUUGUCAAAAAACAAAACAAUUCUAAACACUUUAACACCAGACACAUCAAAAGAAGAGGAAGAUGGUGUCCAAAGUAAAAAAAGAGACCAACAAAUGGAGCUCCUAGACUUCUGGACAUACUCUGCUCAGAAGGGAUUCCUCAAAUCUGACAGCGGAACCACCACCUCUUACCCCGAAUCACUUGACAUGUGGAAUACGACAAUCUGGGAGGACAGCUCAUCGCCUCUCACAACCCCUGACAAUUUGUCUGAAAACUCAGGUUCCUUCAGUGGCCUGAACCCCAACGUUAUGAAAGACACAUCGGUGGAAAGUCUAUUGGGAUAUUGUGACAGUGGAAUGGAGAUGUGGAACACCACCAUACAAGAAGAUAGUUCCUCCACAAACACCACCCCUGAAGGACCUGAAAAAGGAAAACACCUAAGUCAAAUGGAAUCGGUGGAUGCUUCUCAUUUACUUGAAACAGAUGCUAGCAAACAGGCAGCAGAACAAAAAUCUACGAAAGACAGUGAUUUGUGUCAAAUAUUUAGUCAGACAACUGAAGAAGCUGACUGGAAAAGUAAUGAACCCAAUGUGAAAAUUGUCAUUGAGGUUGUAGAAGGUGGAACACAGGGUACUGAAGAAGGAGAUGAAAGUAUGCAGAGUGUUCAGAGCCAGUGUUCAGAGUCCGUCAUGAGGAACUUGGCAUCUAAACAUUCAGAAGAUGGGACUUUACCACAGCAGAGCACUGACAUGUGGGACUUGCCUGUCCAGGGCAUGGUCACAUCAACCUCUGACUAUGAUAACGUAGGAGCUGGCGCAUGGACCCACACACCUUCCCCUGACAACUGUGCUAGCUCUGUAGUAGACAUGAUACAGCUAGAUGGGCAGUCGAGUCCUUUUAUAGCUGUGAACAAAUGUGUUCAUAGAGACGAGAUUCAAAAUCAAUACCAGAUGACAGAAUACGGAGCAGUGAUGUCAGAUAAAGACCAGGCAGCCGACCAAGUGUUUGUGUUUGAUGGGGAGAUGGGUCACCUGGACAAGAGCCCUAAAAGUCCGCUUGAGAAUAAGAAUGAAAACAUCAGAAGAGAUGGAUCACAGGAGGCCGGUUGGAUGGAGGAAACGGGCGACCAUUCCCCAUUUCUUCUGGUGGACAGCUCACCUGUCCGUCAGCAAAUUUCAGAAAGUCCAGAAGACGCUGUUGAAUCCAAGAUCCAGACGGACCAGACAUUAUCUCUAAGCUGCGUGGGCAGAGAUAGUCAUUUAUCAAAGGAAUAUGAUGGCCCAAUAUCUGCUUCCUCAUCUCACCUGCAAAUUAAAAUUUCCCAUGAUCAGCUUGAUGAAAAUGAGCUUUCUAUCAAAGGCCAAGAGAGUGACAAUGUGGAGCACAAAAUUAAAGAAGCUAUGUCACUGAUCACAAGUCCAGGAGGGGGGAAAGAUGCAAUGAAUAGUCCUGAUAGCCGCCACACAGGCAGCCAUGAUAAACUUGGAAUCAGUUCUGAUGGAGAUUCAUUCUCAAGCUUAGAAAUGGAGUACAUUGUGGUGCCUGGCACUGUAAAGAAAGUUAAUAAGGAGUGCUUUGACAGGCAAGAAAAAGGCAUAAGAAAGCCCAUGGAGACAUUAAGCAUGCUGUCCUACGCUGCAACAGUACUGAAAACUCAUGCCCAAACUGCGCACAGAGAUCACCAGGAAAACACACUCCAAAACUGUCAGCACCAGGUUACGGGAACUGACAGUGCAUCCAGUGCCGUCUCAGAGACAAAUAAACCUGUCUUAACCACUUAUUAUCAAGCUAAUCGUGAAGAUGCAACUGAGCAUAACCCUUUGGCAGAAAAGAUCAGUCCUUGUCAAUCAAGUAUCAGCUCUGAAGCUUUGCAUGAAUCAGACUCAAGACCAACAGAAGAAGGAAUGUAUGAAAAUGAGCCAAGUACUGUCGUACGAAGUGCAUCGCCAUCGUUACGAUAUCCAUCAGAUCACUUCCUGAAAACUAGGGAGGAAGUUUAUGUCCAUUCACAGAUAUCUAUGGAAGACUCUGAUGAGGGUGGGCACUCACCAUCUGCACCUCCGAGUGUUGCUCCCCUAGGGGAUUUUCAAAUGUGGGGGGAUCACUUAGUGAGACGGGACACAUCUCAAACAACAUCUGAACCACAGUCCCCUGUGCUCACCAACAGUUCAGCCUCCCUCACGAGCUCUGUGAUCAGCUCCCCAAUAAAUGAACUGUGCAUGACUACUGACAAAGGGCUUGGCCUACCAUUUUCUGGAGAUUUAAUGGAAGAGGAGAAUGAUGAAGAGGAGCAGGAGCAGGAGGACGAGGCUCAUACAGAUCCCACUGGCCACCCAAAAUGGACUCCAGAAGGACUAAAAGAGAGAGAAGAGGCACAAGAGUUAGGAUCUUCUGACUUACUAAGUUUUACUGAGGACCUGAUUGGAGGUUACUCAUUUCAACAAUCAAACUUAGAAACACUUGAGCCAGAGAGGGAUGGGCUUCUACUGAGCAGAGAGGACUACUACCAACAACCUUUAAGGAUAGAUGAUUGUGAAACAUGGUCUUUAGAGCAACACGCUGAAGAAGAUGAGGCUUCUCGAGAUAUGCAUUCACCUCUUUCAAGAAGACACCAUGACGUGACAUCACAGCUGUCUUCUCAGCUAACCAGUGAAAAUCCUCCAUUCCAUUGGACAGGAAGUCAAAACAUGACUCAGAGUCAAACCAAGUUUGGUUACAAUUACCAUCACAUAGACCAAAGAACUGAAAACCAGUAUGCCUACCAAGCCUGCGGAGAUGCCAAAUCUAACGAUCAGCAGAGUACCACAAAUGUUUACGCCGAGUUUACGACAGAUGCCUCUGCUAUACAGUACAGGUCCGAGCAGACUGAGAACUACUUUGAAGCUGGAGCUAACUCCCAAUACAGCCUUGAUGAUGCACGGUUCAAAUGUCCAGCUGAAAGCCAGUACUCCAUCGGCAUCCCUGAGGUCCAGUACUCUCAGCACGGAGCUGAUGGUGAGAGUCGGUAUGAGCCUGGGGAUGCUCAUGUCCAGCCUGAGACUGAGGAUCAUGGACGAUAUGUACCAGAGGAAUACGCUCACUUUCUCCUAUCGAGACAUUCCCAGCAGGCAGUUGGUGCAACUGAAAUGAUGAUGCAGACAGCCUCCGGUGAGGAGCUGGAUAACGCAGAAGCAGAUAUAUCAGGCGGGUCUAAUCAGAGGAGAAAGUUGGCAGCUCCUCCACUGAACGUGUCACUGGACCGCAGUGAGGGGUCCGUCCUCUCAGAAGAGGCUCUGGAAACAGAGGACGAGGCCUUGGAUACGGGAGAUGACCUGGAUGUCAACAUCGAUGAGAUAGACACGCCAGAUGAAGCAGACUCGCUGGAUUUCAAUAUUCAAGCAGACUCAGAAGAUUCUAGUCUGGGAGCUGGAGCAGCUUCAGGUGACGCUAUCACAGGCCAUCAAGCAGCAGAAGGGCUCAAGGACAGUGGGCUGUGGAGGAGUGUGGUUAUUGGAGAGCAGGAGCAUCGCAUUGAUAUGAAGUGCAUUGAGCCGUAUAAAAGAGUCAUUUCUCAUGGAGGUUAUUAUGCUGAACAGAACGCCAUCAUCGUGUUUGCAGCGUGUUUCCUACCAGACAGCAACUGUGACAACUACAACUAUGUAAUGGAAAACCUUUUUCUGUAUGUAAUCAGUACAUUGGAGCUCAUGGUGGCAGAAGAUUACAUGAUCGUGUACUUGAAUGGUGCCACUCCUCGCCGGAGGAUGCCUGGUUUUACAUGGAUGAAAAGAUGCUACCAAAUGAUAGACCGAAGACUCAAGAAAAACCUAAAGAUGUUCAUCAUUGUUCAUCCUUCCUGGUUCAUUCGAACUUUGUUGGGAAUAGCAAGGCCUUUCAUAAGCUCAAAGUUCAGCAGUAAGAUCAAGUAUGUGAAUAGCCUCCAGGAACUUGGGGAAAUUAUACCAAUGGAGUAUAUCCACAUUCCACCGAUUAUCGUGAAAGUCGACAAGGGGAUCUCAGUGGAUUGACAAGACCCUCGGCUGCUGCCCAAUUUCUCCCUGUGUUACGCUGCACUCCACCACGGCAUGUCUCGAGUAUAAAAGCCAGCCUGCAGCAUUAUGCAUUCAGUGAAGAGCAGUUGGUUUGAAAAGAAGAUACUGUGGUGCAAAUAUGUGGCUGAUUGUUCAUUAAGGAGGAUGAAUUCUGAGACUGCUCAAUAUACAACACAGAAACGCUGUAUUUGUAUUGCAGAGACCGUCACUGAGCUGAAGGAGAGAUGCUUUAUACUCUUUUACAGUACUUGAUACAUAACUUGAUUAUGUUUUCCAUUUUGUUCUCUUUUACUUAUCUAUAAAAAAUACUUUUAUUUGUAUGUAUUUAAUGUAUUUCCAGCUGUUCCUUACAGGCUUUGCUACCGUCAUGUCUUAACGUUUUUCACAUCAUAAUAAUCAACCCAUGGUAAUAAAACUCUGUAUUUUCUAAAGCCACAGUCAUAACCUAAUGCACUCAAAAAUAAUUUGUACUGCAUCUCAUCUGCUUGAAAAAAAAACCUUUGUUCUACCUUAAAAUUAAGGACACUGAACUGUCUGUUAAAUGUUAAAGGUUUCUCCAUUUAGGUUGGGGUUUUAGGCAAUCAUUUCCAAAUAUUGGAUUCACACUCAACAGCAUAUUAUCGGCAGAGCUGUGAAGUCUGUGCAAACCAGAUACAGAGGAGAUAAGAUGGUUUAUGAUGUAUACACAAAGGAGAUAUCUGUCCCAACCAAAGUGAGAUAUUUUAGUGUGUCAUCAGGCCAUUCACAGUUUAAUUCAGUCUUUGAAACAGCAGGCUACUAUAUUAAUACAAAGUGUGACUGUAAGGUACUUCAGCAUUGUUUGAGGUAGCAAAACAAGUAGUUAUUGGUAUCUGAAGUAGUGAAGUGCAUGCUUAAAAUGGAUACAGUUUGAGAAACUGGUGUGUGAUGGUGUUGGGGUUUGGUUGGGGAGUACGAGAAAGAUCGCUGGGGAUUGGUGGAGUGAUGUAUGAUGGUAAAAACGGCCACAGUGCAUCUUGGGCCAUGCCUUUUCUUCGUACAUGUUUGUAUGUUGCUUGCACUGUAUUCUUUGUAGUAAAAUAUA